AUGAAGCUGAAGCGCGCAAAGGCAUACAAAAAGCAGCUGCACCAGUACGAACUCAACUUUGGAUUCCGCGAGCCCUACCAAGUCGUGCUCGACUCGCAAAUCCUGCAAGAUGCAUACAAUUCCAAGAUCGACCUGGUUGCGCGCAUACAGAAGAUGCUCGGCGGCCAAGUAAAGCCCAUGAUUACGACCUGCGACAUGCGACACCUCUACAAUGCGAAGCCCAAGAACGAGACGCUCAUAUUGCAGGCGAAGGAAUACGAGCGCCGCCGCUGUAACCAUCAAGACCUCGACGAACCACUCAGCACCCUCGAGUGUCUGAGCUCGGUAGUAGAUCCCAAAGACAAUGCGACAAACAAGCACCGGUACGUCAUUGCGGCCAAUGACCCGGAUACGCGCGCAAAGAUGCGAACAAUCGCCGGUGUACCCAUCAUAUACUUGGCCAAGUCUAUUGUGCUCAUGGAGUCCAUGGCCGACAUCACAGAGCAACACCGCGAGCGAGAGGAAAAAUCAAAAUUCAAGCUGGGACUGAAAGGGCAGCGCAAACCAGAUGCGCCAUUGAAGAGGAAACGAGAAGACGAAGGCCAGGGGGGAGAGGGAAGUGGCUCUAUUGCGAAUCAAUCUACAGGAGAGGCAAAGCCCAAGGCAAAGAAGCGAAAAGGACCAAAGGGUCCCAACCCACUGAGCGUCAAGAAGCCCAAGAAGGAGAAGGCCGCUACACAGCCGAAUGCGACUAAGAAGUCACAGCCAUCCACGUCAAAAGCGAACGGCGGAGGUAGCCAGGAAGGCGAGCGCGAAGACUCUGCACCUCGCAAGAGGAGGAGAAAGCACAGGCCCAAGGCUGAGGGUGGUGAUGACGCACAGGGUGGCGACGGACCUGCUUCGCCGUGA